GUCACCCUGUCACAUGCACCCCUGGUGAAGGGUACAGGCAGUCAACGGGGAGAGGAGGGGGACGGGGCCCCGGUGGGCUUCCAGGUGGUGCGCUGGGAAUGGCAUAUGGUACAGACCCCGUACCUGGUCGUAGUGUGGAUCCUGGUGGCCAGCCUGGCCAAGAUCGUGUUCCACCUCUCCAGGAAGGUGACCACCGUGGUUCCCGAGAGCUGCCUCCUCAUCAUCCUCGGUCUGGCCCUAGGAGGGAUCGUCCUGGCCAUAGCCCAGAGGGCCGAGUUCCAGCUGGAGCCAAGCUUGUUCUUCCUCUUUCUCCUGCCCCCCAUCGUCUUGGACUCCGGCUACUUCAUGCCCAGCCGUCUCUUCUUUGAUAACAUCGGAGCCAUCCUGAUGUACGCCGUGGUGGGCACCAUCUGGAACUCCUUUGCAACGGGGACUGCGCUUUGGGGGGUUAAGCUCCUGGGCCUCAUGGAUCCUAAGGUAGAAGCCGGCUUGAUGGAUUUCCUGCUCUUUGGAAGCCUCAUUUCUGCCGUGGACCCUGUGGCUGUGCUGGCCGUGUUCGAGGAGGUCCAUGUCAACGAGACGCUUUUCAUCAUUGUGUUUGGAGAGUCUCUGCUGAACGACGCCGUCACCGUGGUUCUGUAUAAGGUGUUCAACUCUUUUGUUGAGAUGGGCCCACACAACGUCCAGGCUGCCGAUUAUAUUAAAGGAGUAGGCUCCUUCUUCGUGGUCAGUCUCGGAGGGACGGCCGUGGGUCUGGUGUUCGCUUUCCUGCUUGCCUUUAUCACGCGGUUCACCAAGCGAGUGCGCAUCAUAGAGCCGCUCUUCAUUUUCCUGAUCGUCUAUCUCGCCCACCUCACAGCAGAAAUGGUCUCCCUGUCAUCCAUACUGGCGGUGACAUUCUGCGGCUUGUGCUGUAAGAAGUACGUAGAGGCUAACAUCUCCAACAAGUCCCGGACCACCGUCAAGUACACCAUGAAGACCCUGGCCAGCAGCUCCGAGACCAUCAUCUUUAUCUUCCUGGGGAUUUCAGCCGUGGACACUUCCAAGUGGAUGUGGGACUCGGCGCUGGUCCUGUCCACGCUUAUCUUUAUCCUUAUGUUCAGGGCGAUCGGUGUCAUCCUGCAGACGUGCGUUUUGAAUCGCUUCAGACUCCUCCCACUCGAUAGGAUCGAUCAAGUUGUGAUGUCAUACGGCGGCCUGCGAGGGGCCGUGGCCUUCGCUCUUGUGAUCUUAUUGGACAGGAAGAAAGUCAAGGCCAAGGAUUACUUUGUGGCCACAACAAUAGUCGUGGUGUUUUUCACCGUUAUGUUUCAGGGCCUGACCAUCAAACCGCUUGUCAAGUGGCUGAAAGUGAAAAGGAGAGACCACCACAAGGCGACGUUAAAUGAGGAAUUACAGGAGCAUGCUUUUGAUCAUAUCAUGGCGGCCGUAGAGGACAUAGUCGGCCAUCAUGGAUACCACCAUUGGAGGGAUAAGUGGGAACAGUUUGAUAAGAAAUAUCUGAGCCAAUGGCUGAUGAGGAAAUCCGCGUACCGGAUCAAAGACGAAAUCUGGGAGGUUUGCUACAAGCUGAACAUCCGCGACGCUUUAAGUCUGGCCGACCAGGGCGGUCACAUACUGUCCUAUGACAGGCUCUCUCUGCCGUCGAUGCCAAGCCGCGCCUCCAUGUCUGAGACCUCGGUGACAAACCUGCUCCGAGAGAACGGGAGCAAAGCGUGCCUUGACCUGCAGGCCAUAGACACAGUGCGCAGUGGGCGGGACCGGGAGGACGCAGUAAUGCAUCAUGUGCUGAAGGGAGGCCUCUACAAGCCACGACGCAUGUGCAAGGCGAGCUACAGCCGCCAUUUUAUGACGCAGGACGAGCAGGAGCGCCAGGAGAAGGAAGUCUUCCAGAAGAACAUGAAGCGGAGGCUGGAGUCCUUCAAAUCCACUAAACACAACACCUGCAUGUCCAAGUCCCGCGUCAAGAAAGACGGCCGCAAGAAGAGGAGAGUUAGCGAAGACCUCGAGUCACGAAACGGGAGGCAAAGCAAGGCUGUGAGCUGGCAAAACACAGCGUCUAUUGUGAUCACAGCCGACUCGGAAGACGAGUGUUCCAACGUUGAGAUAGAAGAGGACGAGGGGAUCACCUUUGUGGCCCGAGCAACAGAUGAGAUCCUUCAAGGGGUUUCAGUGACCGGAAUGCUGGGAGUCUGCCAGAGUCCUCGUCUUAUCCCACCAUCGCCAACCAUGGCUGAGAAAGUGCUGCCGUGGAAAGGAGACCCAGAUCAGAACACGGUGUGCAUCUCUUCAGAGACUACAAAGAUCGUCCCAGUGGAUCUCAAGAGGUCCUGGAAGCAGAGCAUCUCCUCUCUGGAGAGCAUCGGGUCUCCUCCAGCUCCUGACCUCCAGGCCGACGCAGCCAGGUCUUUAAAACAAGAUAUCCGCACUCCUCCAGGCCUUCAGACUCUACCGGAGACCUGUAGCUGUUUUCCCUUUUCUAGUACUCCAUCACAAGGUGGCAGAAGCCACAGGGACCCAACAGAUAUCCAGCAGCAAGAACUACAACCCUUAAUGCCCAGGGAAGAUGUUUCAGGACCUAGUCCUCAGACCAGCAGACACAGUCAUAGCAAAAGACUGUUACAGUUGCAUCGGUCCUCUAAAAUCUGAUACGGUGUAGGAGACAUGAGCUUGGCCAAGAAGAAUUUGACGUAUCAGUACAAGGUGGGACUUCCUGCAGGUUGAGGUCCUCCAAAGUUAACUGGACAUUUACAUGAAUGAGACUUUGAAGUAGAAGUGUUAUCCCUGAGCCGUACAAACAUCUAAAGGGUAUAUCUGAAUACUCAGCCCUAAAGCAAACCUAUGUUUUACACAUUCAGGGUAGAGCAAAUGGUUCAUUUUAGUGGCUCCGUUUCCAGCAGCACAUGUGCACCUUUCCUCCGCUCCCCCACCAUUCUAUUCAGCUGCCGUGAGUUAGGAAAAUACGGUACUUCCAAGUAUGGGGCGUAUGCUUGGUGAUGGGCCGUGCACUGUCACAUGGGGGUAGGUAGAGGAAG